UCACAACUGGAGUGAAAAUAUAAAGUUGCCUGACAAGUCAAGAGGGAGAAGGAGAGGAGACUGAACCAUGAGAGAGAACCUUGCCUGUGUGUCAUCCCAAAGCAUGGCGUUCACAGACUGUUUGACACCCACUGACCUGUUCACAGAGAAGAAUGGGAUAAAGAGAAAAAACUGGAGAAACAGAAUAAGAUUUCUCCUGCAGACAAACUCUUCCCAGCGAGUAACAGGUCUUCAUCUUAAAAAGAACAGGUCCUACAGGCCAAGUGCUGAUGACGUGAACCAAUGGGCGCAGUCACUUGACAAACUACUCAGUCACAAAUAUGGGAAAGCGGCUUUUUGUAUCUUCCUGAAGUCUGAGUUCUGUGAAGAGAACAUUGAGUUUUGGACAGCCUGUGAGGAAUUCAGGACCCUCACAUCGCACAAAGAGCUGGCGUCCAAGGCCAACAUCAUUUAUGAGGAGUUCAUUAAAAGUGAAGCUCCCAAGGAGAUAAACUUGGAUUUCCACACCAAAAAUGCUAUCGUCCAGAGCCUCCAUGAGCCCACUGCGACAAGCUUCCUGGCAGCCCAGAGGAAAGUCUACAGUCUCAUGGAGAACAACUCCUACCCCAGGUUUAUCCACUCCGACCUCUACAAAGAACUGUGCGCAGUCGCCAAGGGAGAGAGCAAGCACAUUAAAUCCUAGUCAAACUAGAGACCCACUCCUGAGGUCAUUUGUUUACCACUGUGACUGUGUGAAUAGACCACUGAUGAUGUUCAUUCCAGGCACUGCCUCAGGAUAAUGGACUUGAAUGCAAAUCCUGAGCAUAAAUAUUAAUGGCGAGGGUGGAAAAUGCAAAACUGAAACCAUUUUCACUCUGUCCUGCUGAGAGCUUUCAACAAUGAAGUUGGGAUGAUUAGCCUGGAUGCUAUAGCUGCUGCAGGCAAUACACAGCAUUUCAACUAGAUGGGAUUUAGGUUACAUUUUCUUCACUGGGCCAUUACCUGCACUUUACUCACUAUGCUAUUAGAGUUUGGUAUUUUGAACAUUGAUGCUGUUCAAGAACAUGCUGUUUGAGAGCCAAUGCAUUCAAAGAAUGAGAAGAGUCUGUCAAAAUUUUUCAUACUUAGCUCUGUAUAUCUUACCAACAACUGUUAGAAUGUAUUUUCUGAUGUACAAAGUCACAGAUAUACACAGGACUUCCUAUGUGACCCUGGUUUUCAUAUUGCUCUGCUGGAUUUGAUCUGUUUACACAUAAAAGUGCAAUUUUAAUUCAUAUAAUAUUCACAAUUUUCACUGAAGAUGGCAUUUGGCCUGAAAUGACUGUGACAUUCUUAUUUAUUGUAAAUACUGUGAUAUUGCACAAUGUGUUAAAUGUGAAUUUCAGUUUGGGGCAGCUGGCCUGCUUGAAAAAUAAAGUUUAUUGUUCAGUGCUGAAA